CGCGGCCUCGUCUCGGCUCCUCCCCUUCUUCCUCUCCACGACAGCGCGCGGUCGGCUCGGCCAUCCCCCCCUCGCCUCGCCUCGACAAGCUCGAGAUCCCCUCGCGCCAGCCAUGACGGUCGGCCUCGCGCUCCUCCUCGACCUCACCUCCCGCCUGCCCCGCGCCAGUGCCUCCUCCUCCUCCGCCCACUCCCACGCCGGCCUCUCCGCCGCCGCCUUCGCCGCGACCGCCGCCGCCGCCUUCUCCUCGACCGGGGUGCCCCUCUCCGCGCGCCACCUCUUCGACUUUCCUGGGUUUACUGUUGCUCAUUGCGAUGCUGGCACAACUGCUGGAUGGAACGGUACUCCUGAACUUAUUAAUGACCUGAAUACCAAGAUCCUCAACUCCAUCCAACAAGCAAGAACAGACUACAUCCAAUACCCAACAAAGGAAUACCCUUCAGAGCUGAAGCCACUCUUUUCGGCGUUUGGGUUGAAGAAUUUUACCAUCACAACCCUGAGGUCCUUCCUGUUGUAUUACUUGCCACUCAUACAACCUAAACCUCACACUGAUACUGAUGAUGAGGACGAAGAUCUGCUUCAAGAUGCUCCUCCUGAAGAGAAGCAUGUGGAUCUGGUUACUCCCUUCCACAAUUCAGUGAAGCAAAUCAUGCGUGAGACUUCUAUUGUCACAACCAGACGAGUAUUGGAAAGGAUUGUAAUUCGUCAUGUUUCACAAAGAACAGCAUGGAAACUUCUCAAAGACGCUUCGAAAUCAGCAAAGAGGAAAGCUGCAAGGGGAAUGUCAACUCCACAGUACACAUUCUGUGUUGCCAGAACAACAUUCCGAGCACAUGCACUGGGAGUAGCUGCUGCUUGGGUCGUGCAAUCCAUAAUUGAGGUAUACAGAUGUUUCAUCCGUAAGCCUAGCGACGAAACACUACCAAGUGACGACGAUGAACAGUUUGACGAUAUGGAUAAAUUCAGAUUGUUUGGGAGGAAGGUUUAUGGCAUUACCGUCAAAAGUUGUUUCUCUUUGGUUUUGGCCUCAGUUGGAGCAGGCAUUGGUGCCCUCCUGCAUCCAGUGCAUGGACAAUGGUUUGGUUGUGCAUUGGGAGAUGUGGCAGGUCCCGUUAUUGCUAUAAUUGUUUUCGAGAAGAUGCAACUACCGCUGUAACACUCUGGAUCUUCGAGCACAUUAGUGUUCACUCCAUGCACAAGUCUUUGCCAUGAGUCUGCUCUGUUUGAACAUCUCUGAUCUAACCUGAAAGCUCACAGUUGAUGAAUAAUAUCUAUCACCUCUAUGCUCAUAGUUUAGUAACUUCUUCCAGAGAUUGCCUCCGGGCCUUGUGAGAUCUGAACAUGUACUACCUAAAUUUUGUACUGUAUCAGAUUUUGGAACGAAUAUUAAACUUCGUUCAACAUUUUUGUUGAUUAACUUGGCAUAAGCUCAUCGCUGUUAUUGCUA